GAGAGAGAGAGAGAGAGAGAGAGAGAUGAGGAAGGAGGAUGAUGGGAGCGUAUAUCUCUCUAUUUAAGUGACCCAUAUCUCAGUGGAGACCCAGAUAUCAUCUAACCCACUUCUUGUUCUCGAGGAUUUCUCUCCUCCAAAAUGUCGGCGUCAGCGAUAUUCAUCCUCGACCUGAAGGGGAAGGUUCUGAUUUGUCGAAAUUACAUGGGGAACAUGGAUAUGAAUGAGAUCGACCACUUCAUGCCCAUCCUGCAAAAGAGAGAAGAAGACGCCGAGAUGUCGCCGCUCGUCAGCCACGGUUCUUCCCACUUCAUGUGGAUCAAACACAGCAACCUUUACUUGGUGGCGAUGUCCAAGAAGAAUGCCAACGCUGCUCUUGUGUACUCCUUUCUUUAUAAAAUAGUGCAGGUUUUUAAAGAGUACUUCAAGGAGCUCGAGGAGGAGAGCAUACGCGACAACUUUGUGACGGUGUACGAGUUGAUGGAUGAAGUGAUGGACUUUGGGUUUCCUCAAACAACUGACAGCAAGAUUUUGCAAGAGUACAUUACCCAGCAGGGACAUAAAUUAGAAGUGGGAGCGCCUCGACCUCCCGCCACCGUCACCAACGCCGUGUCUUGGCGUUCAGAGGGCAUCAAGUACAGGAAGAAUGAAGUUUUUAUGGAUGUCAUCGAGUCAGUAAAUCUCUUGGUGAGUGCGAGUGGCAGCGUCCUGCGUAGCGAAAUCGUUGGAUGCAUCAAGCUCAAAGUGGUCCUGUCCGGGAUGCCUGAACUCAGACUGGGCCUCAAUGAUAAAGUGCUGUUCGAGAUCACAGGCAGAGAGAAGAGCAAGACAGUGGAGCUGGAGGAUGUGAAGUUUCAUCAGUGUGUCCGUCUGUCACGCUUCGAGAACGACCGCACCAUCUCUUUCAUCCCUCCCGACGGCGAGAGCGAGCUCAUGUCCUAUCGCCUCAACACGACAGUGAAGCCUCUCAUAUGGAUCGAGAGUGUGAUUGAAAAGUUCUCCCACAGUCGUGUGGAGAUCAAGGUGAAGGCUCGGAGUCAGUUUAAGAGCCGAUCCACUGCCAACAAUGUGUCCAUUCUGGUGCCGGUGCCCAGCGAUGCUGACUCACCCAAGUUCAAGACCAGCACCGGCAGCGCCAAGUGGGUCCCGGAGAAAAGCGCCGUGCAGUGGAACAUCAAGUCGUUCCCGGGAGGUAAGGAGUACAUCAUGCGGGCACAUUUUGGACUCCCCAGUGUGGAAAGUGAUGAACUGGAGGCCAAGAGACCAAUCACAGUUAAUUUUGAGAUCCCGUAUUUCACUGUGUCUGGGAUUCAGGUGCGCUACCUAAAGAUCAUAGAGAAGAGUGGUUACCAGGCCCUGCCAUGGGUCCGCUACAUCACACAAAGUGGAGAUUACCAGCUCCGGACGAACUAAAGGGCACAGACGCUGCUAGAUGAAUGGAUACCUUUGCUCUCUGCCUGUCUUCGUCUCUGCGGCUCCUCGUUUACAGUGGACAGCAGAGGACGAGCACAGGAGGACAUGUGAUUUCUUUCUUUUCCCUCCCUGAAUGAAGACAGGACAUCAUCCCUUCCUCCAAAACCAACUUAACUCUGACAGGAAAGAGUGUUGCAUCACCUCUCUGACCCUUAAUUUAUAUUUUUAGGGUUCCUCAGGACUCCAGUAAAGCUGUUUAAUGUGUGAAUAAUGAACUGAUAACUCUGUGACACCAUCUGGUUGCAGCAAGCUCUCAUUUUCUCCGUUUUAAUGUGAUAUCCCUGCAGUUUCAUUUAGGUCACAAUUUAUGAAAAUAAAUAAUAUAUUUAAUCUAGAUUUAAAAGUGAAGGGACUGCCAUAAAAUAUUCCAGUGGGAUAUUUGAAACAUGAACUAUUUUUGCCCCUUAACUUUACCAGUGAGAGUUUUGGCAUUCUAUUGUCAAACAUGUUUUCCCACUGAUUAUCUUCCACCUGUAUGUUAGGGAUUUUUUUCAUGUUGUUUUCUUUUUUGUGGGCUCAUAAGGCGAGGUGGGUGACGGGGUGGUGAUAUUUAAAAUUAAAAAGGAUCAUGUGAUCAGAUUUUAUUGGCAUUGCCGACAUCAAAAUUUUACAUUAUUGUAGGCAUUCUCAGUGAUGUUGGGUUUUCACGUCUCCGACGCUUCGUCUUUCCUUCCUACUUUUAUCAUCCAUGUACAUUUUAUCCCAGUUCAGUCUUGGCAUCUCUCACAGGCAUAUGUUUUCCUACCGCCUCCAUAUAAUACAUCCAUUGCCUUAAAAAGUUACCUAUGUAUCCUCACCAGUGGCACUGUGAACAUAAUCCCCAGUGCACUGAAAGUAACACCAGCGACCAAAUCAAUGAUUAAUAAGGCACAAUAUUGUCAGAGGCAUCGGCAGUGUAACAUAAUACCAUGGACACACUCCCAUGAGGGCUGUAACCUUGUCCUUGUGCUCAAAAUCAGCACCUUAGAGGCAAAGACCGAAGGAAUGAGCAUCGUGCAAAACUUUCUCAUAUUUUUAUCUGCUGUUUGUGUUUUACUAGUUAGCUCCCUGUGGGAAAAGCUUUGAAGGACAACAAAGAGGGGGUUGGACAAAGUUAAAAUAACCUAAAGAGAUUUCUUGUGGAGAAUACUGACAAUAUGUUAAACCAUUUUUUUUGGGCUCCUUUUGGGACUCUGUGCGUCUUCGGGGCAGUCUGUGGUGUAAUCCACUGCUCCUAUUGUGCAUGCAUCGCACCGCAUCAGUCGAGCUGCGCAGCCAUCGGCACCGAGGACAGACUCGAGUCAUUUUAUCACCAUGUCUGCUGUUAAAUGCGAAACCCUCUCAUACAAUCCCUCCAUUAUCUUAAGUGGGGACCUAAUUCAGACACUGGUGAGGAUUUUUUAUUAAGUGUGUGUUUUCAAUAAUUUAUCAACUGCUGCUUGUCCAGAGGAAACAAAGGGAUAUAUUUGGAAAUAAACUUUUUUUCUAUGUUG